AUGCUUUAAACUGACAAAAUUGAGAAUAAAAUUGGUGACAAAGGUGCAUCAGGCUUAGGUUCUGGUUUAGCAAAUUGCAUUAAUCUCUCAAAUUUGACACUUGACCUUAGUUGCAAUGAAAUUGGUGACAAAUGUGCAUCAGACUUAAGUUCCGGUUUAGCAAAUUGCAUUAAUCUCUCAAAUUUGACACUUAACAUUAUUAGUAAUAAAAUUGGUGAAAAAGGUGCAUCAGACUUAGGUUCUGGUUUAGCAAAUUGCAUUAAUCUCUCAAAUUUGACACUUAACAUUAAUAACAAUGAAAUUGGUGACAAAUGUGCAUCAGGCUUAGGUUCUGGUUUAGCAAAUUGCAUUAAUCUCUCAAAUUUGACACUUAACAUUACUAGUAAUGAAAUUGGUGACAAAGGUGCAUCAGACUUAGGUUCUGGUUUAGCAAAUUGCAUUAAUCUCUCAAAUUUGACACUUAACCUUAGUAGUAAUGCAAUUGGUGACAAAGGUGCAUCAGACUUAAGUUCUGGUUUAGUAAAUUGCAUUAAUCUCUCAAAUUUGACACUUGACCUUAGGUAAAAACAGUUAAUUUGUUUUGGAUUGUGA